AUGGCAGCUACAGAUGAGAUACUAGAAUGCCAGAGAGAUGUUGACCCUGAGCUACGUCGACUAGAUCUGGUUCUAGAAAAGCGGAAUGAGCCUGUCGUCAACGGACGGCGGGUUCUCGCUAACUUCUUCAGCUUCAUCGUGGUCGGCGCAAAUGCGUUGGCCCCUUAUCUUUGCGAUUACUAUGAAGUAGACUAUGCCACUGUGUCAGUGGCCAUUCUGGCCCCUCGUGCUGUGUGUGUUGCCGCUGCUCUAGUGAGCAAUUGGACUCCACGAGCCUUGUGA